AUAGGGAUUCCAGUCGGUGACAGUAACACAGAACUGCGCGUAAAGAUGGCAAUGACGGACACAGAGUGGGGGAGCUCAAAUCGAGACGAGUCUGGGUCCCCAUUCUCUGAGAUAAUUGAACUGAAUGUCGGGGGACAGGUGUAUGUGACACGGCACAUAACUUUGGUCGCCGUUCCAGACUCGCUCCUCUGGACCAUGUUCAGCAAGAAGGCUCCAAAGGACCUGGCGCGAGACGGCAAAGGGCGCUACUUCUUGGACAGGGACGGUUUCUUGUUCCGUUAUAUUUUAGACUACCUGCGGGACCUCAACCUGGUGCUGCCUGAUUAUUUCCCCGAGAAAAGCCGGCUGCAGAGGGAGGCUGAGUUUUUCCAGCUGCGGGACCUGUCCAAGCGCCUGAGCCCCAGCAUGAGCAAAGAGAACUCCAUCAAUGAGGAGAUUUGCCAGAGCGACACCGAGGAGGGUGCACUUCAGUGCGGCACCGGGUCCUCCGGCGUUGGCAUGGAAACUUUGCGCAUGAUGACUGCAAUGAGCAGCGCUCGCUCCCAGUCUCUGGAGUCCAGAAAGUCGGGCUACAUCACAAUUGGUUACCGGGGAUCGUACACUAUAGGGAGAGAUAUCCAAACCGAUGCCAAGUUCAGGAGAGUGGCGCGCAUCACGGUGUGCGGGAAAACUUCCCUUGCCAAAGAAGUGUUCGGGGACACUUUGAAUGAGAGCAGGGACCCCGACCGGCCACCGGAGAGGUAUACCUCCCGUUACUACCUAAAAUUCAAUUUCCUUGAGCAGGCGUUUGACAAGCUGACCGAGGUUGGCUUUCACAUGGUGGCUUGUAGCUCCACGGGCACAUGCGCCUACACCAGCAAUGACCCAAACGAGGAUAAAAUCUGGACGAGUUAUAACGAGUAUGUGUUCUGUCGGGACUAAAAUGUUAAUAUGGUCACCACCUGAGCCCACCCACUGCCAACAGAAAAUUACUGUUUUGUGUUUACUCGUGUAAAUAGACAUCUCAUAAUUACCACAAAGAGAAUAGGGCCUGCAUAUUUGAUCUUUGACAUUGUCUUCAGCAUAUAUUAUUCAAUGUCAUUAUUUAAAAUAUCUUUACAUAUUUAAUGGGAAAUAGCCACAGACUAUAGGUGAAUACACACUAACCUAGAAUUCCGGAUGUUAUCAUAUGUUAAUUUUCCUUGUGGAGAUGGCUAUUGAAUGAAUGAAUUGAAUGACAUUUUACACACACGCACAUGUAACAGAUGUCCCAUGAAGACAAGAAGACGGGUCAUACUUGAUAAAUCUCUUGAGUUGUGUUUGUAAAGAAAGGACUGUCCAGCCAGCGAUCCCAGAAUGGUGUUUAUUCUGAAGAUAGACACAAAGGAGCACAUUAGAUGUGCCGGACAACAAUAUGUUGAUUGCUGUGGAUUAGUGAUUUGUCUUUUAGAAUGGAAAUAACUGUGAAUUAGCAGGGAGAUAAUGCGACCAUUACAAAUAGGGCAUGCUAGCUAACUUGCUCUUACAGCAAUGACAUACAAAAGCACACCCCAGGAAGCCCUCAAUAUCUAACAGGUAACACACACACACACACACACAUAUAUACACAAAUUAUACAAAACAUUAAGGAUACCUGCUCUUUCCAUGACAUAGACUGACCAGGUGAAUCCAGGUGAAAGCUAUGAUCCCUUAUUGAUGUCACUUGUUAAAUCCACUUCAAUCAGUGUAGAUGAAGGGGAGAAGACAGAUUUAAGGAGGAUUUUUAAGCCUUGAGACAAUUGAGACAUGGAUUGUGUAUGUGUGCCAUUCAGAGGGUGAAUGGGCAAGACAAAGGAUGUAUUUGCCUUUGAACGGGUAUGGUAGUAGGUUCCAGGCGUCAAGAACUGCAACGCUGCUGGUUUUUCACACUCAAUAGUUUCUCGUGUGUAUCAAGAAUGGUCCACAAUCCAAAGUACAUCCAGCCAACUUUUUUAUUUUAUUUUUAAUUUCACCUUUAUUUAACCAGGAAGGCUAGUUGAGAACAAGUUCUCAUUUGAAACUGCGACCUGGCCAAGAAACAGCGUAGCAAUUCGGCACAUACAAGUUACACAUGGAAUAAACAAAACUUACAGUCAACUUGACACAACUGUGGGAAGUAUUGGAGUCAACAUGGGCCAGCAUCCCUGUGGAACGCUUUCAACACCUUGUAGAGUCCAUGUCCUGACAAAUUGAGGCUGUUCUGAGGGAAAAAGGGUGGGUGCAACUCAAUAUUAGGAAGGUGUUCCUAAUGUUUGGUAUACUCAGUCUAUCUAUCUAUCUAUCUAUCUAUCUAUCUAUCUAUCUAUCUAUCUAUCUAUCUAUCUAUCUAUCUAUCUAUCUAUCUAUCUAUCUAUCUAUCUAUCUAUCUAUCUAUCUAUCUAUCUAUCUAUCUAUCUAUCUAUCUAUCUAUCUAUCUAUCUAUCUAUCUAUCUAUCUAUCUAUCUAUCUAUCUAUCUAUCUAUCUAUCUAUCUAUCUAUCUAUCUAUCUAUCUAUCUAUCUAUCUAUCUAUCUAUCUAUCUAUCUAUCUAUCUAUCUAUCUAUCUAUCUAUCUAUCUAUCUAUCUAUCUAUCUAUCUAUCUAUCUAUCUAUCUAGAAAUGUACAUAGUGAACCCAGAGUAUUUCAGAACGUGACCUACUGCUUGUAUAGCAAUAUCAGACUAGGAAGAAUUGACGUUCACAAUCUCCUAUCUGCAAGCAUGACCAAUGGCAUAACACCUUAUUGAUAUGUAAAUUCAACCAACCAAUAGGAAUAUGUAAACAUACGCAUGCACUUGAUUCACAUGGGAAACUGUUGAGCAUUUUCCACCCAGCAGUGUUGCAGGUCUUGACACAAACCGGUGCACCUGGCACCUACUACCAUACCCCAUUCAAAGGAACUUGAAUAUUUUUGUCUUGCCCAUUCACCCUCUGAAUGGCACACAUACACAAUCCACAGCUCAACUGUCUCAAUGUUUAAAAAUCCUUCUUUAACCUGUAUCCUCCCCUUCACUGAUUAGAAGUGGACUUAGUGACACCAAUAAAGGACCAUAACUUACACCUGGAUUCACCUGGUCAGUCUAUGUCAUGGAAAAACAGGUGUUCAUAAUGUUUUAUACACUCAGUGUAUACAUGCCACCUUUCAGUUAUUUCAUAGACCGGUCACCAUGGUUCCCUGCCACUGACUGGUAACCUUCAGUGUUGUUUUCUGAAUCCAGUCUUGUUAAAAAAUAAAUUGAGUUGAUUUAUGUAAGAGAUGAUUUUGAAUGUCCAAGAGUAAUAGACAUACAUGUAUUUCUACUUUAUUUUGUGUACUAGAACUUCUACAGAGCCUAUAUUGACCUGAAAUAACUUGCAUUAUUAGCCUACUAAGACCACAUCUCUGCCGAGCUGACAAAUGCAAAUUCCUGUAGUAAUAAUGGUGUUGUAAUGAAAUUGGGUUAUUUAUCUGUGCGAGACUAGGCAAUCAAAGCAUUCCUCCCUGUCUCAAUUUGCAUGACAAUGUUAAAUUAACCCCCAUCAGACUCCACUUUGUGAUCCAUAAAGUUAAUACAACAGCGUAUAGACAUGGCAGAACAUUAUUGUAUUAUUUUACAGCAUUUUAGUCAGCGUAAUUCAUUCAUUAGAGGCUUGCGUUAUCAAAUAAUGUAUUUUCUACUUCAUUUCACAGUAGUCUGAUUGCCCAAAAAUAUGCAUUUGUUUUGUUGCGUUGCAUAUUUGUUAACUUGUUCAGAUACUGAAAUAAAGUCUUCUGCAA